UGUGUUUUUUUGGGUUACAUACGUCGUCUAGAUUUCAUUCUUGUCAUUCUCGUUUAUUCAGUGGCCAAUACAGAAUCGAGCCUCAAUUUUCAACAUUUCAAGUUCAUUAUUGCGAAUUUUUCGUGGCGUCGACAACAGUGUGGCAUACUGGUAACGACCGAUUGAUCCGAAAUUGUUUGACGAAAACUGCAUUUACCAACGAUCGUACGAACACAAACUGCAAUUGAAAAAAAAGAAAAGAAAAAAGUGAUUCUAAAAGAGGGAAAUAGUCAGUCUAUUUUUAAAUUGAUUUGUGUUUAUUGCGGAAGAAUUAUUCAUCAACAAAACAACGCCAUAGACAACAAUCGUACUCAGUCAAUCGACAUACAGCGAAGUGAAAGCACGUAUCACGCUUAUCUUAUCAAUCGAUAAAUCAUCAAAGUUUCCAAUUAGAACUGUUUAUAUUGUCAACAACUGUGAUAAAUAAUGGCGACCCCAGCUGCUAAUGUUUUGACAAAGGCCUCAUUUCCAACCAAAGUUUAUCAAUUGUUGAUUAAAUCAGCCGAACCGUUUGUACCAAAAAAACUACAACCACUUUGGAAUCAUCCAGCAGGUCCAAAAACAGUGUUUUUCUGGGCACCAGCAUUCAAAUGGAGUUUGGUCAUCGCUGGUUUGAGUGAUUUAUCACGACCGGCAAACCAGCUAUCCAUCGGUCAGUCUGGUUCACUUUUGGCAACCGGAAUCAUUUGGUCACGCUAUUCAUUGGUAAUCAUUCCGAAAAAUUACGGCUUAUUCUCGGUGAAUGUGUUUGUUGCAUUGACUCAAAUCAUACAAUUGGCUCGUGCUUAUAACUACUCAGUAGAAGAAGCAAAGGCCAAAGCACAAGAAGAAGCAUCUGCAGCUGUCACAACCACAACAAACUAGCCUUUUCCAUAGUGCAAUAGUACAGUAGCUCAAACACACAUUUUAAUUUUUUUUUAUUUAUCGUGAUAAGAACAAAGUCAAACAAUAUGAUAUAAUCCAAGUAAUAGAUAUGAUACAGAAUUGAAAUAAGAGUGGACAUACCGCUGUUAUCAUUUGCAAAUCGCAAUGACAAUUGUACUAAACAACAAAUCUGGUGCUAAAUGCAAACAAAGAUUUUCAUUCUUAUCUAAUUUAAACUUGAGGUUUAAACAAAAUCUCACGUCGCUGUUCAUUUUUGCCUUGCAAUUUAACGAAAAAAGAAAUCGAAACGAUUCGUUUAAUAUUAGUUAAUUUAUUAAAUUGCAUUGAGCUAGCUCAAUGCACGUCGAAUCGCACACACACAAACCAGUUGACUAUCUUCGUAACGCUCAAUGUUUGAGCAGUCGAACAAUACAUUUUUUUUGUUGUUAUUGAAUUAAAAUAAUUAUCUAACAUGGUAGUGGUUAAAUGGUUUUUGAGAAUCUGAAUUCAAAAUUCAAUACUUAUAUUGAAUUAUUUAUUAGUGUCAAAUAUUGUUUUUGUACUGUACAUAAAAUUUAUGGACGAAAAGGGUGCUCAAAUUUGAUAUUCAUUUGUUAAUUUUCUGCACUCAUUUUCUAGAUUUAAGUUGAGGAUUUUAUCCAAAUUGUACAAUCAAAUCAAAAUGGUUUUAUUUUCUUGGUUGAACUAUUAUAAAGAAAUAAAGACGAAAUCAUUCAUUUUUAUUCAA